GGGGCCUGGCACGCGGGCAGCGCAGGCGCGGUGCGAGCGGCCGCCAUGCCGACCGUGAGCGUGAAGCGGGAGCUGCUGUUCCAGGCGCUGGGCAGGACCUACACGGAUGAAGAAUUUGAUGAGCUUUGCUUUGAGUUUGGUUUGGAGCUCGAUGAAAUUACAUCUGAGAAAGACAUUAUAAGUAAAGAAAAAGGCAAAGAAAAGGCAAAGGGUGCAUCUGAUGUUGUUCUCUACAAAAUUGAUGUUCCUGCCAACCGUUAUGAUCUUCUUUGCCUGGAAGGGCUGGUCCGAGGACUGCAGGUCUUUAAAGAAAGGAUAAAUGUCCCUAGAUAUGAAAAGAUAAUACCAGCUGAGGGUGAAGGUCAGAAGCUGAUUGUCACUGAACAGACUGUCCAAAUCCGUCCUCACGCUGUAGCUGCCGUCCUCCGUAAUAUAACUUUUACCAAGGAACGUUAUGAGAGUUUCAUUGACCUCCAGGAAAAGCUACACCAAAAUAUUUGCAGGAAAAGAGCAUUAGUAGCAAUAGGUACCCAUGACUUGGACACCGUCUCUGGUCCAUUUACUUUUACAGCCAAACCACCUUCAGAAAUUAAAUUCAAGCCCUUGAAUCAGUCUCAGGAGUACACAGCCUCACAAAUUAUGGAUCUGUAUAGGCAUGACAGCCACCUUCGGCACUAUUUGCCCCUAAUUGAGAACAAGCCACGUUAUCCUGUCAUUUAUGACAGCAACGGUGUCGUUCUGUCCAUGCCACCCAUCAUCAAUGGAGAUCAUACAAAAAUAACCCUGAACACCAGAAAUGUGUUUAUUGAAUGUACAGGCACAGAUAUUACAAAGGCAAAAAUUGUUCUUGAUAUUAUAGUCACGAUGUUUAGUGAAUAUUGUGAGAAGCCAUUCACUGUUGAAGCAGCAGAAGUAGUUUAUCCCAAUGGGAAGACCCACAUCUAUCCGGAACUGGCUUAUCGAAAAGAGAAGGUGAAACCCGAAGUCAUUAACAAGAAAAUAGGAAUCAGUGAAACUCCAUCAAGCCUUGCAAAGCUGCUGACCAGGAUGUGUUUGAAGUCGCACGUCAUAGGGAAUGGGAACCAUCUAGAGGUUGAAAUCCCUCCUACCAGGGCAGACAUUAUCCAUGCAUGUGAUAUCAUAGAAGAUGCAGCAAUAGCUUAUGGUUAUAACAACAUUCAGAUGGUUAUUCCGAAAACGUACACCAUAGCUAAUCAACUCCCUCUGAAUAAGCUCUCAGAACUUCUGAGACUGGACCUGGCAGCUGCUGGAUUCACUGAAGCACUCACUUUUGCCCUGUGUUCUCAAGAAGAUAUAGCAGAUAAACUUGGCAUGGAUAUGUCUGCAACAAACGCCGUGCGCAUAGCAAACCCCAAAACUGCAGAAUUUCAGGUGGCACGUACAACCCUCCUUCCUGGGCUGCUGAAAACUAUUGCUGCCAACAGAAAGAUGCCCUUGCCUCUGAAACUCUUUGAGAUUUCUGACAUCGUAGUAAAAGAUCCUAAUACAGAUGUCGGUGCAAGAAACUACAGACAUUUAUGUGCCAUUUACUACAACAAAAGCCCGGGCUUUGAGAUUAUCCAUGGUUUGCUGGACAGGAUCAUGCAGGUUCUGGAAGUACCACCAAAUGAAGAGAAUGGCUACACAAUCAAGGCAACUGAAGGCUCUGCUUUCUUUCCUGGUCGCUGUGCUGAGGUCUUUGCCAAAGGUCAAAGCAUUGGGAAACUUGGAGUUCUACACCCUGAUGUUAUCACCAAGUUUGAGCUCACCAUGCCGUGCUCUGCCCUGGAGAUCAAUAUUGAGCCCUUCGUGUGAAGACAUGACUUUUAUCCUCCGACAGCUGUCCACUGUCACAUGCAGCACCCUCUGGUCUUCUGUCUCCCUCCCGGGGGACAUCGGCUGGUGCUUUUAUGUUCCAAUAAACUAGAAAAACAGC